AUGUGGUCGGCAAACGAGCAGACGGAUUACCUGAUGAGACGUCAUGGUGGUCGUCCGGAGGCGCUUCUCGAUCAUGAUGGUGCGAUUUCGAAACCAAGUACAAAGGUGGCUUUUUGCGAAUUAUACGUACUUUUCUUUAACGUAAGCCAUAUAAUCAGUCCAUCUGCAGUUAAGGAAGAUAUUGAAGUUGUCGUUCGACUACAUUUUGACAAACGUUGGGUUUCCUCAAUAGCCCCAAAUCGUACCGUGGGUUACGGGAAUAAAAAGAAAGUCUCUAUUAUGAAUUAA